AUGAGAGAAGUGAUGGAAAGGAGAGAGGAGAGAGUGAGGAGGGAGGGAGAACAGUGGAGAAUAGAAAGAUGGACGAGGGAGGCGAGGAGUGAGGAAAGGAGGGAAGGAACGACGGACGUGAACGAGAGGUGGCAGGAGAAGGAAAAGGAGAAGAGGACAAGGAGGGAAGAAGGCAAGGAUGGAACAAGUAAGGAGGGGAAGGGAACGAGACGGAAGGAAGGAAGCAAAACAGCAGGAGACGGAAGACAGGUAGUAAGAGCAGAAGAGGUAGAAGAAGGGAAAGAGGAUCGGAGAGAAAAGGUAGGAAGUGUGGAACAGGCGAGAAGGGAGAUGGAGAGAACGCGAGACCAGGAGGCAAAGGAAGGAGAGGAGAGAGAGGAGGAAGAAGUAAAUGACCGGCAGAAGAGACAGAGGGAGAGAGAAGAAAGAGAAAAGAAGAUAACGGAGUCAAGGAAGGGGUUGAGAGAGAGAGGAAGUAGGGAGGCGAAAGAGUGGGAAGGGGGAAGGGGAGAGAAGGACGUACAGGAGGACGGUAAAGGGGGGAAGGAAAAAGGAGAAGGGAGGGGUGAGGGACAGGGAAAGGUAGGAGAGAGAAUAGGGGAGAAGAGGGAGGAAGACAGAAGGAGGAGUCUAGUAUGGAGAGGAGUAGAAGGCAAGGACAGGGAGGAAAGGUUAUGGAGAAUAAGGAGAGCGGUAAAAAACACGAUAGGUAGGGAUAUAGAGAUAGGGGAGAUAGUAGAGAGGAUAGGCGAAAGGGGUAGGGUUGUAGUAAUCACGGAAAUAAUGGAGGAGGAGGAUAGGGAGGAGACGUUGAUGAAGGCAGACUUCCUAAGGGCGAAAUGGGGGUUAAAGGUGGACGAGAAUCUAAGCAUGGAGGAGAGAAGGACGAGGUGGAGAAUGGUGGAAAGGGCGAGAGUGGAGAGAAGUAGAGGGAGAAGG